AGAUAAAUCGUCGAAAACCAUUUACACGUUAGCAUCGAGAGCGAGUGGAGUGUUAAUGGUUUUUCUGUCGGAAUACAAUAUUUACUUUAUAUUAUUUGAUUCAUUCAUAUUCGAUCGCAAAAAUGCGGAUUGAAAAUUUGUAUUAAAGAAAACUUUUCAAAAUGGAAAAAACAAUUUGUGAAAAUGCAAUUUGUAUUGUUGAAAGUGAAAAUGACAAUGAAAUCAUCAUUGAUUCAGAUUCAGAAGAUUUGUACGAGUUCAAGUUCGACGUGGAAAUGAUUAUAUGGACGACGGUGCAUGUGAUUCUGUUGGUCUUUAUUAUUGGCGGCAAUUUGCUGACCAUAAUAGCGGUUCGAAUAUGUCGUCGUUUACGGGCGGUAGUUUCGAAUCUCUUCAUUCUCUCACUUGCAGUGUCGGAUCUCAUUGUCGGCUUAACCCUUCCGUACCACUUGUCCUUUUUCCUCGGACUCGGUCUCGGGAAGUCGGAGUUCUUGUGCAUACUUCGCUUUUGGAUUAUAAUCUUCGCAUGUUGCAUAUCGAUGUGGAACCUAAUUUCGAUUGCCAUCGAUCGAUAUAUUGCCAUUAUGUAUCCCUUGCACUAUAGACGAUUUAUCACGAGGAGAGUGGCAGUUUAUGUGAUUGCAUUGGGCUGGAUGGUGGGAGCUAUAUUGGCUUCGGUUCCAAUAUUCCACAAUCAUUGGGCGACGGCAACAAAGUGCGAAUUCAAUGAAGUUCUUCCGUCGUGGUAUAUUCUGGGAAUCAUAACACCUGUGUUCACACUUGUUUGGAUUUGCAUGUUGUUUGUUUACUUGAGAAUAUGGCAAGAAGCAGCCAAGCAAGCUAAACAACUCCAGACGGCUACAUGUUGUCAAGUUCUUCCAUCAGAUUCGAAGUCUGUUCAGGUAGUUCUCCUUAUCAUGGGUGGUUUUUCAAUCUGCUGGCUACCUUACUUCUCAGUUGCUUGUUUGCAAAUAUUCGUGCAGUUCGAUGCAUGUCCCAUUUUAUACAGAGCCGCUCUAGCAUUGGCCAUGUCAAAUUCAGGAUUGAACCCUAUAAUUUACGCUUGGAAAAAUUCCAAUUUCCGAAGAUCCUUCUGUCGACUGCUACAAUGCAAGAAUCCCAAUUGUGCCAACAACAGUGAUUACAGCGUUUGGGAACAUUGUCCUCGAAACGGAUCUCAGCCAAAAAGAAGUUCAGCAAUAUCUUGCACGAGUACAAAGAAAGCUCGUACCGGAUCAGUUGAUUCCACAAGUCCAGUGGUGGUAAAUUGUGAUCCUAAUCCAAGAUCAAUGACCACAGAUUCCCAUGAAACCACCAUUGAAGAUGAAGGUCCAUUUGUGAUUGGAUUAACAAGCAGGAAUGAAUUGACGACGACAACGAAGUUAGGUGUGAUUCCGAAUAGUCAAGCGAGAAUCUUUUAUUCACCAUGUGAAGUAUGUAAUAUUUUGGUGGGAACAAGAAUUAAAUCGUCGAAGAAUUUUAAUGAAAUCAUACUGCCAUGGAAUUGCAAAGAAUAUAAUCAUAAUAAAAUAAUAAACACUAUAAAAUGUAGAUGGUGAAAUAAAAUUAAUAAUACAAAAAUGUAAUGUAAAAGAACAAAACUAGCUAUUGACAGUUUGUUUCUUUUUAUUAAACUUCCGCAUCCCUGCAGAAGUUUUAAAUAUAGAAAGGGUCACUAUUUAUUAAUUAAUACAUAUAAUAUGGUAUAACUGAAUGUGGUUUUGUUAAUACCUACGGUCUUAAGAGUGAUUUAUCAUUAUCAUAGUUUUCGCGGAUGUUAAACAUUAUAAUUUAUCUCAACAUACAAUUUUAUUUAUUC